UGAUGCGAGGAAGCGGGUAAUCGUAGUACGGAACAUGAAUUGAGAAAUUACAGCUUGCACUUGACCGGUUUUUUCAAUGAGUAUCAAUUAAUGCCAUUUACGGGCUCCCUGGCGGAAGAUCGGCUUGUUCUUCAUAAAUGUAUGUGUGUGUGAAACGCGGAAGAGUGCGUAUAAGGACGCUUGAAUGCUACGUGCGACGUGUCACCGUAUCGCUCUGUUUGUUGAAACGUGUUGAUACAUUAAUUUAAUGUUUAUAAAACGUGAUCCGCUCGCAUUUUAUAUAUUAUACGGAAGGAAAUGAAAAUUUUGCGCCCAACGUAAACACUGGCACAAUUGAACAUCAUGUUUUUUAAAAAUACGAAUUAACGUCAAACAGACAUCUUACAUGCCACGAAAAUCAACAGAAUUUUUACAAUUUGUUUAAAGCGGUGAAAUAUAUUUUAAUAUUAUACAAAAUGUAACUUUUUAUAAUUAUUUUUGUUGUAUAACUAUACAGAAAAUGCUGGACGAUAUUAUACUGUUUUAAUGUGUCAAAAUGUUUGAUUACAAGGCACCAUAAUAAUAAUAAUGGAAAAAGACCUCAACAAAAAGGAAUCUAAAGGGAAGCGGAUAUUUAAGAAAGCCACUCGACGAAAUAGUACAUCUAAUAACAACAGCCAAAACUCCUCCCUCGAGCAUAGUGUCGGUGUGUCACGAUCGAAAAGCUUCGAAAAUAAACGUUUGUCUGUCGACAUAAACGACACCAAGCCGCUGCCAACGCCAGAUGGGACCAGCGAGAAAUCCGACAGCCUCACAGCUCCCAAGCUCAAAAUAGAAGAAAAGUCAUCCGCGGAAAUAAAGCGGGCGUAUCAGGAUCGCCAUUCCGAAUUGAAAUUUAAAAGUUUGGAUAAUAAACGUUUGUCUAUCGAAAGAAAAGACACCACGCCGCUGCCAACGCCAGAUGAAACCAGCGAGAAACGCAACAGCUUUACAACUCCCAAGCUCAAAUUAGAAAAAAAAUCAUCCUCAAAAAUAAGACGAGAUCGCCUUUCUGAAUUGAAAUUGAAAAAGACAGUCGGUUUAAACAAGGAGCAAGACAAGAUAUUCGAGGAGGAACCAACUAGCUCCAAAGAUGCCACUGGCUCAGUAAGAUUCGUAAAACCUGAACGUCUACAAGCAGAGGGAAGCAAGAAAAGUCUAAAACGGAAGUUGGAGGAGGAGAGCGGGGCCGGCACGAGCGGCGCCAGCACGGGCGCGUCGGACAACGACGCCGACGACAAAGACCCCAGCAAGGACAAGAAGAAAAAGAACAGAUGCGCCGUUUGCCGCAAGAAGGUUGGACUCACAGGGUUUGAAUGCCGCUGCGGAGGGCUGUUCUGCGCGGUGCAUCGAUACAGCGACAAGCACGAGUGCUCGUUCGACUACCGGGAGCUCGGCGCGCAGGAGAUCCGCCGCAACAACCCCGUGGUCGUCUCCCAGAAGAUACACAAGAUAUGAGCCGCCCGCGCCGCCGCCCGCUCCAUCCGCCGAACGUGUGUGACGGUCAACCGUGUGUGCUCUAAAGUGUUUACAAUCAAAAAUUAAAUCAUUAAAGUUACUUGGAACUAUACCUCAACUGACUAAAAAAUAUAUGAAUAAAAUACUUAUAUUAUUGUAAAUUGUGAUGGCAAACAUGCGUACUCCUCAGUGUUUUAAUAAAUUUUUGUGUGAUGGAUCAAAAAGUCUUAAGUCUGUAUUAAGUUGAAAGGGUUUGUUUUGGUGUUUCAAACGUUUGUAGUUGCCUGAGUCGAAUCGAUGAAUUAAUUUUAGUACAAGUGAUUUAAUGCGUCCAAACUAAGAAAGGAAAAUCGUUUUCGCCAUGUUGUAACUUCUUAGCUAGAAAUAUCUUUUGAUUCAAUAUGUCUUCAAUAUAUUUCCAAUGAAUUUUGUAAGACAAAUCAAUGAAUUUUCUAUUAAAAUAUAUUAAAAGUAUGUUGAAUCAAAAAGUAUUUCUAGGCUAGGACGUCAAAAUAUGGCGGACGAUUUCUCUUUCUUAGUUUGUUACCUUCCAGGCUUCAACAGACGUGAAAAACAACCAAAACUCUAAAGAAGCACUUUGGGUUAUAGCGUCGAACGGCAUAGGACGUAACACUAGUGCGUUUGUACUAUGCACUAUAAACAAAUAGGAGAGAGUCUCCUUUAGCACACUAAUUCAUUUGCACGCGGUAGGGAAACAAUUGACGCCUAUGACGCAAGGCAUAUCGCGAGCAAAUGCGUCGGUAUGCUAUAUACUGUCUUAUUCAGUAUAACGCGUGUCAAGAGAUAAGAAUCUAAACGAAGUGUCGUUAAUCAUUCCGUCUCACUCGCACACUAUACAUAGGUGUAUUGUGUAAGUGAGAAUGAAUGAUUAACACUGUUCUUUAGAAUCGUUUCUUUAGUAGCACGCGUCAUGUCGCGGCUGCCUCUUGGCGCGGUUGACUCUUGACACUGUAAUCCGAAGUGCGUCCUUAUAAAUUAAUAUACUUUCGUCCUACCCUGUCUUUUUACUGAUUUACAAAUAAACUACUACAGUGAAAAUGAUCUUAUUCUUUAAAAAAAUUAUAUUGAAUAAAUCUGCAAAUUAUUACUUAAUGUUUAUAAAAUAUGUACAUAUCUUUUACUUUAAAAAUAUCUGUCAUUACUUAUUGCAUUUGGCCUGUACUGUUUUUCUUCUAAAAUUCUUGAAAUUAGUUGUAGUAUAUACUCCUUAGGUCGCAUCCAGACUGACGACCUGCUACCUUGGCGCCUAAAAGCUUUGUGCCUUAGUGCAGUGUGUGCAAAGUGUAAUUCCUGAUACAUGUAGAAAGGAAGGAAAUUAUCCAAAACUGCAACACUUAAAAAGUAGACCAUUGAUUGACGAAUUUUUGGCCUAUUGUACAUACAGUAAAUGCUGAAAAAACUAUAUUUGAAAGCACCUUAGAUGUUGGCGUUUCAAUGUUUAGUCUUUAGAAACAAGGUAGCACAAAUCAGUCUAUGCGGUCCUUAGGCACUUGUCCGAUUGCCGAUGUCGAGCUAAAAAGUAGAAACGAGUACAUUUCUUGAGCGAGAAAAUAGUCUAUAGCUAGUCGUUUCCUCGUUGGCAGUGGGAGAAGUGCCUUAGUCUGAAUGUAAAUGGAAAUUUUAUCAUUCUGAGGAGUCUGCGUCAUUGCUAUCAGACAGCUUCUGAUUGGAGCAAUUUAUCUAUAUGUCAAAAGACAACUAUAUUUCUUUUUAUUGUAUAGCUGAUCGUUUUUUCGGUUCUAAUCUUCUUACUUCUUAACAUAGGCGACUUUAGCGCUGGCGGCCUCUUACCUAUAUUAAUUUACUCUGAAUAAAAAAUGGAUCGAGUCUAUGCCUCUUUAAUUGUGUAAAAAUAUUUCAUACUUGGCCAAUAACCGUUUUAACGAGUUUUUCCUUUAAUUGUACGGUCUGGCUGGUGGAGGCAAAGGCUCGAUCGGUAUUACGUUUAGAUUAAUUUGUGGCGAGAGUUUUGCUUUUAGAGAUUGGGCAUUUUGUUGUACCACGGUGACUAUGAAAACGAUUCGCGAUUGCAAAUUUAGUAACGGCUUAUUACGACUGUAAAGAUAGACUUUGAGGUACGUGACAAAGACGCUAGACACUAGACAGGUGACCAGAGUGCAUUUCUUUGUAUAGAAGUAGAGAGCGUCAACUUAAAUGCUUUCCAAGCUUUUUAUGCAAAGCAGUGCAGUAGUUCCUUAUCUCCCGUUUCGCGGUGAAGUCGUGUGCCUCAAAGUAUUCCUUAUGUUAGCGAUUAGAGAGGCUAGAUUGGUUAGUCUAUAGAAAGUAGGACUAGUAUAAUCUCUUACUUUAAUGUGGUUUUAGUACCAAUUUAGUGCUGUAUAGCAAGAAUCAUAAAGUAAAAAAACUACAUAAAAUUUCAAAUUUACGUGCAUAUUAAUACUUACCUAUUAUCAAAAUUUACACUUUCGAUAACUAUGUUUCACUGUUUUUCAAAUAUUUCACUAUACUAUUUCAUGUCCGAAUCAGGGUCUGACUGUCCCGUGAAGCGGAGUGGAGUGGUGACGUGCUCAGCAGGCCAAUUAGCUCAUUGAUAGAUGAUAUUAUAAUUUUAUCAUUUCUCAAUUGUGAUCGGAUUGCCAAAAUUGUCUCAACUCCACUCCGCUUCAGUGAACAGUCACCCUAAUAAGUUUACCAUUUGCAUGAGUAUCAAACUGAGGAUGAUAAAUUGGUACAAAUGUUAGCAGCAUUGAACUCCAUUAUUCUGACUUACUAAGGGAUUGCUGGCGCCUAGUGGACAAAGUCUUGCAACUUGCCCAAUCUCGCUCCUUAAACUUGUAGAUAAUGUUCGUUUUGGGUAGGCGUUUCAUAAUUAAUUUUGAAUUAUUAAGUAGAGUUUUGAAUAUGUCCAUUCACCUCCAUUGUAAAUAUUAGUCGUAAUUAACUAUAGAGAAACAAAUCCUAUAUAUUGUAAAAAACUAAAACUCCAAAAAAAGCUACAUUGUUACGAUUUCAACGGAGAGCAUAGCGCGCUUCACAAUAUCGAGAUAACAAUCGUAGGCUGACGCUCAACGAGUGCGGUGGAUCGUCCCUCCGUGUUAUAUUUGCCUAGUUGUAAAUUGUACAGAUGUUACGCUGCUCACUUGACUCGUGUUUAAUCGACACUCGCGCACGCCGCCGGCCGCGACUGCUCCGCGACUCGACGACCGAACCACAACAUUCACAGCACAUGAUGAACGUUUAAAGUUACGUUCAACUUUAAAAAAAAAAACAGUUCAAAAUAUUUUUAUUCAUUUUAAACUUUUAUAAGUACUUUUGAAUCGUCAAGAAUAUCUACUUUGACGAAACUAACUAUAAAAUAAUAUAAUAAAUAUACUCUGAAAAAAUCCGCCACUCAUAAAUUAUCUAAAUUAAAAGAUGGUCGAAAUUCCUAGCUAUCACUAACUAUUCCUUAACGUUUCAAUACCACACGUCAUUGGCCAAGUAAAUUGCGCCCGUCUGGUGCAGCUGCGCGCCAUAUGAAUUGACUGUCAAUAAAAGCACAAGCGUCCAUUCGUAUCUAUGAUUACGGUUAAAAGUAUUUUGGUUCAAAGUUAAUAAACCCUGUCCUAUGUGUAUUUCGUCUGAAGCGGAGCGGAGUCUUGUUCAAUAGACCAAUCGAGUAAAAUGACGUGAUAACUCGUCAUUUAUCAAUAAUUUGAUUGGUCGAAGAAAACAUAUUAUGUCUCCGCUUCUCUUCGCUUCAGUGGAAAUGCAGCCUUAUGCAACACAGUUUGCUUUUAUUGAGGUAUAACCAUAACACGACUUUAAUCGCCUAUCAUGCGAAUGGCCCUUCAAUGGCCUUCAUGGCAAUUUGUACAAAGUCAAAUAGUUGAAAAUUCAUGCAGAUUUUGUCAACAAAAACUGUAAAAUAGCAAAUAAAUUUCAUCAAAAUAGACUUAUUAGCUAUACAUUGACACAGGUAGAUUUAUAUUUCGUUAUUUCGUGUGCUAUUUUAUUUGGAUUUAGUAAUAGAUUAAUAUGUGUGGGGUUCCAUUGUGUAACAUUAAAUCUGUAUGAAGUAAGUGCGACCUGCAGUCGCGGCCUCGGUCCGUGCUCGCUUCGGUCGCGGCUCGGUUCCAGCCCGCGCUCACUGGAUAUACAUCGUCUUCAAAUUGUUAGUACUUUAAUUUCGGUUUGGGAAAUCGUCGCUUCUUUGUCUAACAUUCGGCAUAAGUGACCUAGAGUUAGCGAGAUGUGAUGUGUGUCAGCAUGCGGCGAGGGGCGAGUUGCGACUGUCGCGUCGUCGUCGCGAGGCUGUCGCGCCGCAGUCGCAAGCCACACCCGAGCCUAUAUUUGUGUGAAAAUUUAAAGUAAGCGAUAGUUAUACAUUUAUAAGUAGUGAUCACUUUAUAUUAUUACACAUUAUAUAAGUAGGAAAGAAUUAUUUAGCUUUUUCUUUUAAUCACAUUAUUCAAAAUUGUAAGUUGUAUUAUGUAACAUGUUCGUUUAGUGGUGAAGUAACGAUAAUAUUACCAUGUACUGCUUCGGUCGUCGUCCACGGUAGACUAACUGAUUGGCUGGACUAAAUUAUUUAAUGACUUUUGUUGUAUAUUUUGUUAGGUCAUUGAUUAAUUUUGGUCUGUUUUGCUUAAAAACGUAAUCAGAUAAAGAUGUUAAUGAUGAGUUUUACUUUUAUCUUGCUGUUUUAAUUUAGUUAUUCUUCUAUUAAAGUCAUUAAAAUCCCGGAAUAUAAAAUUGUUCUCUUAUUUACUCACCAACUUGUGUUAUAUAUAGUGUAAUAAAGUUAUUCACUAUUUUGACUAAAUAAAAAUUCUCUUAAUUGUACCUC